AUGUCGUACCGAUCGAGCGAAGCGAAGAAGGAGGAGUUCCGGAAGUACCUGGAAUCCACGCAGGUAGUCGACGCCCUCACCCGCGUCCUGGUCAACUUGUACGAAGAGGAACAGAAACCCGAGGACCCGGUGGACUACAUCAAGCGGGUUCUUGGUGGUGCUUCGUCGGCCGACUACGAGGCACUGCAGCAAGAAAACGCGCGUCUCCGCGCAGAGGUGGAAUCGCUAAAGAAGCAGCUAAGUGGCCAGGCGCAGUAA